GAAAGAGAGUAUGAAUGAAGCUAAGAUCAUAAGGUAGUAUAUAAAAACCUCCAAGGCAAUUAUACUAUUUGAUUUUUUGGCUUCUUUUGACUACACCUUCCUCUCUUCUCUUACUUUACUUUUAUUUUUUUAUACAUAUUCGAAAUAUACAAAUGUCUUUGCGUAACCGCUCCAAAGAUAUUCUUAAAGACGAUGACCCGACUCGUAUUGCGACUGACAACGGUCACUUUUCAUUAGCUCGAAACUUUUACAUUGCUGAUGUAAUCACAUUGUUAAAUGGAGUGUGUGGAGUGACAUCUAUAUUUGCUACAAUGCGCUACUUAAUUAGUAAUGAUGUGAAUGAUCUCUACAUCUCGAUGAUAGCCAUGCCUUGUGGUAUGUUGUUUGAUUUUCUGGAUGGAAGAGUUGCACGGUUACGCAACCGAGCUUCUCUGUUGGGACAGGAGCUAGACAGUUUGGCUGACUUGAUUUCAUUUGGUGUCGCACCUGCAAGUCUAGCGUUUGCAAUUGGUAUGAGGACAUAUCUUGAUAGUGUUGUUUUGACCUAUUUUGUGUGUUGUGGAAUAUCUCGGCUGGCACGCUACAACGCAACGGUUGCUAUGAUGCCAAAGGAUGCUACUGGCAAGGUGAAUUACUUUGAGGGCACACCUAUUCCCACCUCACUGAGUAUUGUGGCCAUUCUAGCCUACUUGGUCUACAGUGGUCAGUAUCUUGAAGAUCUACCAGGUCAACUGGUUAACUUGGCUGGGAAGAGCUGGGGAUUUCAUCCUAUUGUAUUACUUUAUGCUGUCAGUGGAACAUUAAUGAUCAGCAAAACACUUCAUAUCCCAAAGCCUUGAUCUUACUGAUAAUUAUAAUAUACACAAUAUAAUAAAAUAAAAACUUGUUAAAUGUU